CGCCAUGAGGCAGGACCACCAGGCUCCUGUCCCCCCACUGCCGCGCUGCGCAUGCGCGCUGCCGGUGCAGUGGGGGCUAUGGCGACGGUGGUGGAGCUCAAACAAGCCCUAAAGGAGGCGCUGGAAAAAAGAGGUGUCCUCGGGCAAAUAAAAGCUAACAUCAGAGCCGAAGUCUUUCACGCGCUGGAUGACCAAAGCGAGCCCCGGCCGCCGCUGUCCCGUGAAAAUCUCCUCAUCAACGAGCUCGUCCGGGAGUACCUGGAGUACAACAAGUACAAGUACACGGCGUCUGUGCUCACCGCAGGUAGUGGGUCUGGGCUCCGGCUUUGUCACCGCUGUGAAGCUGGCCAGCCUGAAGUGCCCUUGGAUAGACAGUUUCUUGUCAAAGAGCUGAACAUCCUUGAAGAUGCAAAUGCAAAAUCAGUACCUCUCUUGUAUGGAAUUAUAUGUCAUUUCUUACGUGGUGGUAAAGAAGAAAGUACCCAGAGUAUCCUUCUGAAAGGGUCUUUACUGAGUUAUCCAAGGCAGAACCUUGGUAAACCACCUUCUGAGAGAAAUCAAAAAGAUAGAAUUCCAGAACCAGAAAGGAUGGCCGGCACCAGCAUUGAAGAGCCCCUUGUUUUACAAAGUAUAAACAGAUGAUAUCUUUCAUAUAUUAAUUUCUCAUGUAAAGCUCUUUGAGAAUUAAUUUAAGAAAUUCUUCUUUAAAUUUCUUCAUUAUUUCCAGUGGGACCAUUUUAUUUUUUUAGAGCUACCCAUGAGACAUAAAGAUGGGGUCUUACUUGCUGCCAAUGAAAAAAUGUUAGCAAAGGCCUUUUUCAUCCAGUGCUAAUAGAAGGAAAACUUUCUGAAGUCAGAUUAAUCAAGCCUGUGUCUAGAAUUGGGCCUAAAAAUACUCAUUUUAUAAAAAUAAAGACUUACUGGAUAGUUUAUAAUUUCUGCACUUUUAUUAUUUUAUGUCUUCACAUGUCUUUCCUGGUUUCUGAUUUUUUUCUUAGUUUUAUUGUGUUUGGUAUUUUGAAAGAAUUCAAACUAAGUAUUUUAAUGGUUCUUCAUCAUUAAGAAGCAGAAGAAGCUGCUACUUUCAGAUAAGUAUGGGAAAAUGAAUUUGAAAAUAAAAGUGUUUUGGAGGAA